GGUCAACUCACUCCAUGAGCGUCUGGAUAUUGAGAAAAGGAAGUACCAGAACCUGAUGGAACAACUGUCCCAGAAAUCACAGUUUGUUCGACCAGACAGUGAAGACAAGACCGUGGUAUUCCCUCCUAUCAGCUAACUCGUUCACGUUGUUCUCUGUAAAGCGCCUUUUAUGACCACCACACUGCCUGUUGAUAAUGUGAAUUGUUGAUGACAGUAUGGUAAUGAGCAAAAAAAUUGAAAUCCAGUACAUCAUUAGAACACCAUCAGCCUUUCUUUGUACAAUAAUACAAACACAAAUAUUACACUUCAAGUCAAAUCAGGUCAAGCCAAAGCUUUGCAAGUCAUGCAAUACAUGAUCAUGUAACAUAUCAUGGUGACGGAGCAUUGUUGCACAUAACGUUCCCUCCCAUUCUUUUCUGUUUAGGCUUGUGUAGAUCGACCCACCCUUUUCCUUUCCUGUGUGUCAGAGCCCAACCUCACUGACCCCUCAGGCCCACCAUCAUUUCUAGCCCAGUCCUCUACCACAGAGCCUUCUCCCACAUACCCAUCCUGCAGUGGUGAUGUUGUGGAAAGGGAUUGGCACACAACAACAACAACAACAACAACCAAAAAGCGACGUAGACCAAUGCAGACCCUCAAAGCCAAACCCCACUGCCCCUUCAGACUUUGGCAGGAACACAGGAAGGUCUCCACAACCUUUUCCACUGAGGAUGUUAUCAGUGAGCCUGGAGGACUGCAGACACAAACUCCAGCCAAAUGGGGUCUUCAAUGUACAAUCACUGGGACAUGAAGAUGAGGGUGGAGAUGGAGAUGAUGAUGAAGAUGAGGGUGGUGAUGAAGAUUAUGCAGAUUACACCACUGAAAGUGAGCGAUACCAGUUUGGAUCUGAAGAUGGUCCCUUUCGGAUUUCAGUUGAAGAAAAGACAGAGUUUAAAAGAAGACCUUUGGCGAAUCACCUGAAAUUGCAUCAGAAGAUGCACAACAAGAAGCUCCUCCUCAAUAGUCCCUGUGCACCUGAAGGAGAAGUACGAGACCAGGCGAAGCCUAACGAAGAUGGUGGCUUUUCCUGCGACCAGUGCAGUAGAUCACUUUCUCGAUUCAGUGACCUUAAACGGCACCAGAGGACGCAUCAACGUUUAAAAUCCAGUAAGAUCCAAGGUCAUAAAUGCGAGACAUGUGAUAGAAUGUUUUCACAUCCAUCAACUCUCCAUAUUCAUGAGAGGGUGCACACCAGAGAGAAACCUUACACCUGUACUGUUUGUGGAAAAGGGUUCACUCAGUUAGGCAACCUUAAAGCACACCACAGAAAACAUGAAAAGGAGUCCUCUUUGGGUCACGCCGGCAUGCAAACUCAGGACAUGUCCGGCACAUCGCUAGAGGAUCAGAGCAAGUACGAGGACAAUGGGAAGGUCUCUCAUAUUGACAGCUUGCUAGGACUUCGUCGGAACACCCACACGGAACAGAGGCCAUAUGCUUGUAGUGCUUGCGGAAAGGCAUUCUUUCAAGCGAGUAGCCUUCGAGAGCACAUUCGAACACACGAGAAAAAGAAGUCUGUGGUUGACAGUGCCCUUGAACAUCGAGCUGUGACCAGUGUUGCUCGUCCAAAGCCCCACAAGUGUGCCGACUGCGGCAAGGCUUUCUCUUUCAAGGCUCAGCUACAGGUCCACCAGAGAAAGCACACCGGCGAAAAACCUUACGCUUGUGACAUUUGUGAAAAGGCCUUCAGUCAAUUAGCCGGUCUACAAGUGCACCAGCUAAUGCGCCACAACAAAACUGGUAAGCUGAGAGUGUUUGAGUGUGACAUGUGUGAAAAGAAACUUCCGAGUUCAUCUGCGCUCCUAGCCCAUAAGCAAAAACACCAGCCAACAAAUGCGAGAGAGAAACCUUACUCUUGCACCCUGUGCGAGAAGCAGUUCAGCCUGCUGGAUUACCUCCGAAAUCACGAGCGAUGGCACACCAUGGAGAAGAGACAUCGGUGUUCUCAUUGCGAGAAGACAUUCAUGACGCCAUCGAAACUAAGGCAGCACAUGCCAAAGCAUACAGGGGAGAAACCCUAUUCUUGUUCCCAGUGUUCGAAGGCCUUCAAAAGUUCUUCUGGACUUAAAGAGCACAUCAAAAUCCACACAGGAGAGAUGCCUUAUAAGUGUUCCAUCUGCAACAAAGCGUUCAAGUCCUGGUCGAAUCGCCAGGCCCAUGAGAGAACUCACUCUAGAGAAAGACCCUACCUCUGCCACUUCUGUGGCAAGGCAUUUCGGGACGGCAGCAGUCUUAACAGACACCAGAAAACGCACACUGGUGACAAACCGCACGCAUGCACACACUGUGGCCAGAGGUUUUUGACGUUGACGAACCUCAACAGGCACCAGCUGCGACACACAGGGCAGAGGCCUCAUCUGUGCACCGUGUGCGGUAAGACAUUCUCCCGCCCGGAGAUCCUCAAGACACACCACAGGGUUCACACGGGAGAGAGACCCUACUGCUGCACCAUCUGUGAUGAGCGCUUUGCCUACAUACAGAGCCUACAGUCACACCAGAAGAGAGAGCACCAGAAACAAGAGCACUCUGCGAAUGGCAGGCAUCACCGUGCUCGGUGUGUGAAGAGUUCUGAAGCACUACAGGACGUAGAAACCCACAGACCAGGUAUUCAAAAUGGAGGUGCAUUGGACGGCAUUGUUGACGGCGCUGCGUCUGAUGACCAAAACAGACUAACUGAUCUAAAUGUUUGAUGCUUAUCGUUUUUGGUGAUUGGACUGGAUUUUUUUUUCGUGCAAAGGGAUGCCCAUCAUCUUACCUUGGGACAUAUCUUUCUGUUGGUUGAUAUCUGUUCAAAAUCUUAUGCAGUGUUGGAGCAUUUACAUUUCUUAAACAUAUGGCUAUGUCUUCACAUGCACUGUGGUGGGGACAUUCUUAUUUGUAUUGUAUGGUCAAAUUUUCAGGUGUGACAACACGUUACACUUCCUUCCAUUGCCCCGUACUUGAGUUUUGAGAAAACUGCAGAAGUCCACUGAGUACGGCGUAUGUUCAGCUGAUUGUACUGCAUUUGCAGGUGGUGCUGGAUAUUGCAGGUCAAAGUAACCCACAUGUUUGACUUGUCAGACUGCUUAAGACAGAAUGCAGAUCUGUAUCAGUGUUUUGUUCUUGCCGCCAGUUCCAAUAAUCAUAUUUACAUAUUAAAUUCUCAAAAUA